UGGCAGAGCCCAGGCUGAAAGCGGCGGGGCGCAUCCCGGCGGCACCAUGGCGGCGGCAGCGUCCUCCUCCUCCUCCUCCUCUUCCUCUUCGGCCCAGCCGAAAAAGAUCGUGGCUCCCACCGUGUCGCAGAUCAACGCGGAGUACGUGACCCAGUUAGCAAAUAAAUACUGGGCUCCACAUGUGAAGAAAAAAUUGCCUUUUGAUUCAAAGGUUAUUGAAGAUGUGUAUACAAAAGAAAUUGUCAGGUCCAAGUUUGCUAUUAGAAAGAUAAUGCUUCUUGAAUUCAGCCAGUACCUUGAAAACUACCUAUGGAUUAAUUAUUCUCCAGAGGUGUCCAGUAAAGCAUAUUUAAUGUCAAUCUGCUGUAUGGUGAACGAGAAGUUUAGAGAGAAUGUCCCUGCAUGGGAGAUAUUCCAAAAGAAGCCAGAACACUUUCCCUUCUUUUUCAAAUGCAUACUGGAAGCAUCACUGGUUGAAAAUGACAGUGAAUACUCUCUGCAUGAACAGACAGUCCUGCUGCUUCUCCUUGAUCACUGCUUCAACAGUUUGGAAGUGGAUUUGAUCAGAGCGCAGGUGCAGCAGCUCAUUUCCUUACCGAUGUGGAUGGCUCUACAACCUAAACGACUGGAGCAAGAGCUGAAAAAGACACCAAAACUAAGAAAAUUCUGGAAUCUAAUUAAGAAAAAUGAUGAGAAAAUGGAUGAGGAGGCAAGAACACGAGCAUAUCAGGAGAGAAGAUUUCUUUCACAGCUCAUCCAGAAAUUCAUUUCUGUGCUGAAGUCAAUACCUGUCUCAGGUCCUAUUUCUAUGGACAAAGUUCAUUAUUGUGAGAGAUUCAUUGAACUUAUGCUAGAUCUUGAGGCUUUGCUUCCCACACGACGCUGGUUUAAUACAGUGUUGGAUGACUCCCACCUUGUUGUUCACUGUUACCUGUCCAGUCUUGCUAAAAGAGAGAAGGAGGGUCAUCUCUUCUGUCAGCUUUUAGAUAUGCUUAAAUUCUACACUGGCUUUGAAAUCAAUGAUCAGACUGGAAAUGCUUUGACAGAGAAUGAGAUGACAACAAUUCACUAUGACAGAAUUACUUCACUACAGAGGGCAGCGUUUGCACAUUUCCCAGAGUUAUAUGACUUUGCGCUCUCAAAUGUAGCUGCGGUGGAUACUCGUGAUUCCCUGGUGAAGUUAUUUGGACCCCUGAGCUCAAAUGUUCUUCACCAGGUGGCAUCAUAUCUCUGCCUGCUGCCAUCCCUUCCAGAAGGGGAAGACUCAAGCUAUGAAAAGGAGUUUCUGCUGGAGCUGCUGGUUUCCCGUCAUGAGCGACGAAUAUCUCAAAUUCAGCAACUCAACCAGAUGCCACUCUAUCCCACAGAGAAGAUUAUUUGGGAUGAAAAUAUUGUACCAACUGAAUAUUAUUCUGGAGAAGGCUGUCUUGCACUACCUAAACUGAAUCUGCAGUUUCUCACUCUCCAUGACUAUCUGCUGAGGAACUUCAAUCUUUUCCGCUUAGAGUCUACCUACGAGAUCAGACAGGACAUCGAAGAUAGUGUCAGUAGGAUGAAACCAUGGUUAUCUGAAUAUGGAGGUGUGGUCUUUGGUGGAUGGGCUAGGAUGGCACAGCCCAUUGUCUCUUUCACAGUGGUGGAGGUAGCAAAGCCCAAUAUUGGUGAAAACUGGCCCAUGCGAGUACGAGCAGAUGUUACUAUUAAUUUGAAUGUCCGAGAUAAUAUCAAAGAUGAAUGGGAAGGUCUGCGUAAGCAUGAUGUCUGCUUUUUGAUCACGGUACGUCCUACACAACCUUACGGCACCAAGUUUGAUCGACGACAGCCUUUUGUUGAGCAAAUUGGCCUGGUGUAUGUCAGAGGCUGUGAAAUCCAGGGCAUGUUGGAUGAGAAAGGACGUGUUAUUGAAGAAGGACCUGAGCCCAAACCAAGACUUAAAGGGGAUUGCAGAACAUACAGAGUAUUUCUGGAUCCAAACCAGUAUCAACAAGACAUGACCAAUACAAUCCAGAAUGGAGCAGAAGAUGUUUAUGAGACAUUUAAUAUAAUAAUGAGAAGAAAGCCCAAAGAAAACAAUUUCAAGGCUGUUCUGGAGACUAUUAGGAAUUUGAUGAAUACAGAUUGUGUGGUUCCUGACUGGCUGCAUGACAUCAUUCUCGGAUAUGGAGACCCAAGUAGUGCACACUAUUCAAAAAUGCCAAAUCAGAUCGCAACUCUGGAUUUUAAUGACACUUUUCUGUCCAUUGAUCACUUAAAAGCUAGCUUUCCUGGAUAUAAUAUUAAAGUGACUGUUGAUAAUCCAGUUCUGCAAAUACCCCCCUUCAGGAUAACUUUCCCUAUAAUGGGAGGUAAAGGAAAGAAAAGAAAAGAAGAGGAUGCGAAUGAAGAAAAACCCGAAGAAGCUAAAACACUGAUUGUAGAGCCUCAUGUCAUUCCAAACAGGGGACCAUAUCCAUAUAAUCAGCCAAAACGCAAUACUAUUCAAUUUACCCAAACUCAGAUUGAAGCUAUACGUGCGGGAAUGCAACCUGGGCUUACUAUGGUAGUGGGUCCACCUGGUACUGGAAAAACUGAUGUAGCAGUUCAGAUAAUAUCCAAUCUUUAUCAUAAUUUCCCAGAACAAAGGACUCUGAUAGUUACCCACUCUAAUCAGGCCUUGAACCAGCUGUUUGAAAAAAUCAUGGCUCUAGACAUUGACGAGCGCCACCUUCUGCGUCUGGGUCAUGGAGAAGAGGAAUUAGAGACAGAGAAAGAUUUCAGCAGGUAUGGAAGAGUUAAUUAUGUGCUGGCUCGAAGACUUGAACUUUUACGGGAAGUUGGACGAUUGCAAGAGAGUCUUGGAGUCCCAGGAGAUGUUUCUUACACUUGUGAAACAGCUGGCCACUUUUUCUUGUACCAAGUAAUGUCUCGUUGGGAGGAGUAUAUCAGCAAAGUCAAAGUUAAGGGUGGAAAAGUGCCAGAUGUUACGGAUGUCUCCAGUUUCUUUCCUUUUCACCAGUAUUUUGCAAAUGCUCCUCAACCAGUUUUCAAAGGCAAAUCCUACGAAGAAGAUAUGGAAAUUGCUGAAGGGUGUUUUAGACAUGUUAAGAAAAUAUUCACUCAGCUUGAGGAAUUCAGAGCAUUUGAACUUCUCCGCAGUGGCCUGGAUAGAUCCAAAUACCUGUUGGUGAAAGAAGCAAAAAUCAUUGCCAUGACUUGUACUCAUGCUGCUCUGAAACGACACGACCUGGUUGAAUUAGGUUUCAAAUAUGACAACAUCUUAAUGGAAGAAUCUGCUCAGAUUCUGGAGAUAGAAACCUUUAUACCUCUCCUGCUGCAGAACCCCCAGGAUGGAUUCAGUCGUUUGAAGCGGUGGAUUAUGAUUGGUGACCAUCAUCAGCUGCCACCAGUCAUUAAGAACAUGGCAUUUCAAAAAUACUCCAACAUGGAGCAGUCUCUUUUUACACGAUUUGUUCGUGUUGGAGUGCCAACUGUUGAUUUGGAUGCUCAGGGAAGAGCAAGAGCAAGUUUAUGUAACCUUUACAACUGGCGUUACAAGAACCUGGGUAACCUGCCUCAUGUGCAGCUUCUGCCAGAGUUCAGAACAGCCAAUGCUGGGUUUUUGUACGACUUCCAGCUUAUAAAUGUGGAAGAUUUCAAUGGUGUGGGAGAGUCUGAACCCAAUCCUUAUUUCUAUCAAAAUCUUGGUGAAGCUGAGUACGUUGUGGCACUCUUCAUGUAUAUGUGCCUGCUUGGUUAUCCUGCAGACAGGAUAAGCAUCCUGACAACAUACAAUGGACAGAAACAUCUGAUCCGUGAUGUCAUUAAUCAGCGGUGUGGAAAUAAUCCACUGAUUGGACGGCCAAAUAAGGUAACAACUGUGGACAGAUUCCAAGGUCAACAAAAUGAUUAUAUUCUCCUUUCACUAGUGCGUACCAAAGCUGUAGGCCACCUUAGGGAUGUCCGACGAUUAGUCGUUGCCAUGUCAAGAGCUAGGCUUGGGCUUUAUAUCUUUGCAAGGGUAUCACUGUUUCAGAACUGUUUCGAGCUAACUCCAGCUUUCAGCCAACUCACAGCUCGACCGCUUCACCUCCAUAUCAUUCCCACGGAAUGUUUUCCAACAGCAAGAAAGAAUGGAGAAGGACCAUCUCACCAAGUACAUGUUAUUAAGAACAUGCCACAGAUGGCUAACUUUGUGUACAAUAUGUAUAUGCACAUGAUACAAAGUACACACCACUAUCAACAGCGUUUACUGCCCCCACCUGCCAUGGUUGAAGAACCAGAAACUACUCAAACUCAUGAGUCUGAGAUAGAAGAUGAAGUGCAAGAUAUGCAAGAAGAUGCAGCAGCAGAAGAAAAUAAAGCAGGAGAAGAAAUGAUAAAGGAAGGAGAAUUGAAAGUGGAUGAAGUGGAUGAACAUCGAACAAUGCCAGAACACCCUGGAAGAGACAGUGAUAGUGGAGACAGUGAACCCGAGAAUGAGACUGAAAAGUGAUUCACAUGAUGUUUGUCCUCUACAUGUUUUGGUAAACAGAUAAGGGAAAAGACAUUUAGGAAUAAAAUUGCUAAUUUUACACUGACUUUUUAAAAUGUCUGCUUGUGUAGUGUGACCUGUUUGGUAUAUUUUUCAUGUUAUGGACAAGCAAAAUAUUUGGCAGAAGUUCUACUGAGUUCCUAUCAAUAUCAGUAAUGUAAUUUGUUUGAUGGCCUCAAAUGAUACACAAUUUCCAAUUUCCUUUUCAUAAGCUAUUCAGUAAAGAUGCUUUUUAUACCAGUUUUGAAUAUUUGACCUUUAAUUCAGUCACUGAGUUGUCCAUUAAAUCUCACUGGUUUAAGUAUAUUCAAUACUAGUCAGACACUCUAUAGUUUCCUUAAUAUUCUGUAAUGGAGAAUUCCAUGUACAGAGCUGUGCUGAUAUACACUGAGGUGGUAUUUUAGGCAUAGGCUCAAGUUCAGUAAGAUAUUUAAUAGUAUGUCUAUGAGACGUGUGAAUUACAAUGGGACUUUAAAAUGUUCAGAAGUUUUAUUGAAUUGUGACCUCAGCAGAUUCUCAAAAUUUCAUAAGGCUCAGGUACUUAUAGCAAUUUCUCACUGUUGACUUCUGAUGCUGUUUGUAAUUCAUAGAUGAAUUAAGGAUUCAGCUUUUCAAUAGCACUGCUUUUUAAAUUAGUGUAUUGAAAUAAAUUUCUCCUGCUGUAACAGGGCACAGUAAUUGCCCAGGAUAAAGCCAAAGAGGAAGAAAAAUCAAAGUAAUUCCCUAACUGCAGGAUUUGCAAAAUAUACAAUAUUGAUAUUAAUGA